UCAAACAAAAUCCCAAGUUCCAAUCCAAAUUUGUGACUCAAAACUGCUGAAAAUGUGCCCUUACUUAUCGAAUUUCAGGUCGCUUUUGGAGGACCCAAUGAGCCAUGAACAGGAAAUUUUGUAUAGAGAAAGAACAGAAACGUCAGACUCCAUUGAUAUUCUUCAUUGUCCUUCAUCUCAGAUACAAGCUAGAAACAGUACUGAAUCUUUGUAUUUUGAUGGAGAUUUGAAGAUGGUGAAGAAGAUCGACCAUAAUGCAAGCGAACGUGAUCGCCGGAAAAGAAUUAAUACGCUGGAUUAUACUCUUCGGUCACUGCUUCCGGUCGCAGAUCAAAGGAAGAGAUUAAGCAUCCCUUUGACAGUGUCCCGAGUGCUGAAAUACGUACCAGAGCUGCAGAAAGAAGUCGAGAGACUACUCGAAAAGAAGGAAAACCUUGUAGCAAGGAUUUCUAAGCAAGAAAAUUCUAUUCAAUAUAGGAAGCAAAGAAGAACCGCGGAUCAUCAGAGCUCAAUACUAGCGGUUUCAGCUAAUCGAAUAUGUGAUAGAGAUGUAGUGAUUCAAUUAUCGAAGUUGAAGACCAAAACGGGUUCGUUCUCUGAAGCUCUAUUGGAAUUGGAGCAGGAAGGAAUUCUUGUAUUGAAUGCAUCUAGUUUUGAAUCUUUCGAUGGAAGGGUUUUCUACAAUUUGCAUCUUCAGGUACUUACAAUAUUUUCUAAAGCUCGAGCAUAUAAGAUAUCAUUUGAUCUUCAUAGCGAUUGAUUGAAUGGAGUAGAAAAUUCAUGCCAUUGAUUUAAAUUUUAGAACGAAAUUAAGGAAUAGUUUGGUGCCUUAGAUACUGAAAGAAGAUAGAGGUAGAAUUGGGUUGAACCAUGACAACGAUUCUUUAAUCAACCAUUUAUAUAUGAGGUUUGAAGAGAACUGUGCACUACAAUAAACAAAAUUUUAAAUUUUUUUCUUUCCUUUUUUAGCUCUAUCGACAAGGUACAGCACCUUACCAGAAGUCAUAGUUGGCUUUUUUGAUCAAUAAAGAAAAAAAAUACCCCACAAACUCUCAAAGUUUAUAAACCCUACCCCAAAAAGACCAAGAAAUUAACAUUCAUCCACUUCAUUUAUCUGUAUAAUCUCUAAUACUUCUAUCUUCUUUUUGGUUUGGAU